CUCUCUUUUUCUAUCUUAUUUCUUCAAGUUUGCCAGUACGUUUAUACUCACUCACCGUACGCAUGAGUUUUUUAUAUUUUAUUUUUCUUCUUUAGUACAGUGUUGCGAAUCCAUUAUUUAUCGCUCCCACGUCGCAGAUUCGAUAUCUUGCCAAAGAGUCUUACUGCGGCCUCGUCUUUGAUUCAUGUAGACUCGCGAACGAGUCUCGAAUCCUGAGAAUACAAGUGGAAGGAACUGGAAACUCUCGUACUUCGAGUGCACGGCGGUCGUACUACUAUCCUCGUUUAACGUCGACUCGAAGGAGGAUCGAAAAGACGAUGGAAUCUACGAGGAUAAAAACUCAACGAAAGAGGACGUUUCUGUUUCUUCGACGAUGGACGAGGAGCAAAUUAGUGUCAAGAACAGGACCGAUAAAGUACGAGAGUUAGUGAAAUCUGCCCUUAAAGUGACAGAGAAGAGGGAACAGAUCGGCGAGGUAAUACCAAUAAUACGUAGUAUGUCGGUACGGCAAAAGUUGCUUAUGGCGAGAUUAAUUUCAAAGAGAAUAAGCGAUAACGAAACAACGCCGUCAUCUCCGAUAGUGGAGACUCGAUCUAUCUUUGGCGAUGAGGAUAGUAGCAGGAGGAACGCCUCGAGAGCUCUGAUGUUGCCUAUCAGUGCAGACAUCGCAAGGAUCAUUUCCGACGACAUUUCUGGAGAUGAGAUGGAAGAGGACGAAGAAGAUGAGGAGGAGGAGGAGAAGGAGGAGGAGAUGAAGGAGGAUGAAGGCGAGAAAGAAGCAGGUGAGAAGAAAGAGAAGGAUGUAAAGGAUGAGGAGGAAGGGAAAGAAAAAAAGGAAGAUGAUGAGGUGAAGAUCGAAAAGGAAAAAGAGAGAGAAGACGGGAAGGAAACUGCGGAGGAAUUGCCAAAGGCACAAGAGUUGCGAUCGGCAAGACCUGUCCCAAGAAGACGACCCUUUUAUCGGAUGCCGCCGCCUCCACCGGUGAAUCUACCAACGAGAAGACCGUCUUCCCUCAACAGAAGAAACGUUUAUGCAGAUCCAUCGAGAAUGUCUCCAUUGAGACCUUCAAGAAAACCUUCCGAGCCAAAGAGAGUUCCCACGGAUAAGGAAUGUACUUUCUUUUCUAAAACUGUAUGCCUCGAUGCUACGGAUUAUCCGCACGAAGCAAUAACGAGGAGUUUAAGAAGCAACAAAGACAUGGUGGCAGCUUUAUUGACUGAUUACAAGGUACAAGAGGGAAGAUUCGACGACCAUUCGUCCGGUCCUUUUGAAAAUCGAUACGAAAAUCGUUAUGAGAAUCGUUACGAGAGUAAUGAAAUCAAAAGAUCUGACAAUACAUUUGACAAUGUCGAAGAAGGAUUCACAUGUCCGUCUACAGUUAAAUAUGCACGUCCACAAUUGGCCAGAGCGGCAUCUGGAAUUUGGAAAUACAUAAUAAAUACGGGAGAGCAUACUCAAACGUUACGUUUGGAGAAGUGUUCUAAUACUCGAAGCAGUUGUUCCUUCAUAUCGGAGAACUAUCGUUCCUCUUGUGUACAAGUUUACAAUUAUCAUCGAUUGUUAACAUGGGAUUCAAAAUUAGGUCUACAUAUGGAUAUAUUUAAGGUACCUACCUGUUGCAGUUGUCACGUUCACGGUUAUUCCGAGAUAUUUCCACCUCAUGAAAAAGAUCCGCCGCUAAAACCUAAAGAAAAAUUUCCUGGAGCUGAAUUUGUUACUAAUAACGAAUCAAAGGACGAUUAUCAAGAAUUGAGCAAGCCCAAUAAUAAUUACGUCAGUAAAUACAACAAUCCAGGUCCGAGCUACGAUUCGAAUAUCGCAUUGUCCAGUAACAAAAGGCCGGUGAUUGAGACUUCGUCGACCAGCCGACCCAGUUUCACCCUUCCUGGACGAACUAGACCAAAGGUACCCUCGUCCGUUCAUAGACCCUUCGAUAAAUUACCUCAUCAACAUGCACCCAAUACGAGAGCUCCUGGAUACAUUGGCCCAUUGAAUAAAGGACAUUCUUCUAGGCCUACUAGACACAGACCACCGUUCAGAAGGGAAUCUAUUUCUCAAAUGGAGGAACUCCCUGAUAAUUCUAAUAAUAGCUCAUUUAACAGGUAUAGUCAACCGUUCGAUCAAGAUACAAACAUUUCUACUAGACUACAAAAUAGUGGCUUUGACGAAGAAUAUCAAGAACCUCCAAGACGAAUCAAUUAUAACUAUCAUCCGAUCUUAGAUUUCUUUAAACCGGAAGCAUCGAUGUUGCAAUCUUCGGAAAUCAAAUUCCCAAUGCAAUUGUCCGAUGUUCCAAACGAUUCGAAUUCUUGGAAACCAAUGUUAACAUCUUAGAAUAUCUCGUUAUCUUUUAUCAGUACCUGACGCAUCGUUCUUUCGUAAAGAAUUGUAAUUAUCUUCUUCUGUAUUUGUUAUUUAUCGAAAUUCAUGAUCGAUCCAAACGAUCGUGUAUUAUAUAAAGGAUAGAUGUAUUAAUUUUGUUAAAAACGAAAAAUUUUUAAA